AUAUUUUGGCAAGCUAAGUCGCAGAAAACGACAAUUUUUUCAUUUCCGACUUACAUUUUCAUUUAUUUUUAUUGUCAUUUCGUCCAAUAAAUGUUAUAAAAUAAUAUAAUUUAGUUAUACAACAUAAGACCAAGUGAAUCAUGAAACAGACUAAAAGAGGGGCGGCGGCGCGACGUAUGUUAGCGCAGCCCUGCUUGGUUCGCUUCGCCAAUCGAAACAUCAAGACAUUAAAUUACAUCAACUAGAACAAGUGACUUCGCCCCUUGUAAAAGUAUUUUUAUAUAAACUAAAAUAAAGUGUUAUUUAAUUUUAAGCCGUGGACUUCAAAUUGUUACCACAUUAUGCAGACUUAAAAACCACGAUAAUAUGUGUUGGCUAAAUAUUUUUAUAAUUUGAUUUCUACUCGGAUUACAGUCCUGUGAUUUUAUGUCAAAUUAAGCGCAAUAUGGAUGAUUCUUAUAUCAUAGCAAAUUUUUAUGACUUGUGUCGACUAUGUUUGGUUAAAAGCGGACUCACUGUGUCGAUUUUUGGCAAUACUCCUGAUGAUGAAGAUAACAAAUCACUCAACUCGAAAAUCUUAGAAUGCUUGGAACUUCAGUUGGAUCCCAAUGAUGGUCUUCCUACAAGAAUUUGCUAUAAAUGUUUAUUUAAAGUUGACACAUGCUCUAAGUUUAAAUCAUUGUGUUUAGAAAAUGAAGCCAGAUUAAAACAAAUAACUAAUCAAAUUAAUGAACUCAAUACCUCAAAUUCAUCUGAAUUCAACUAUGUGAAUGCUGAGCAUAAGCAACAGGCUGAAAAUUAUAUUGUAGAAGAUAGUGUUGUAAUGGUAGUGGAUCCAAGUCUUGACUAUGAUUCUUCUGAGGAAUCAGAAAAUGUUGAACAAGGAGAAACAGAUGUUGUAGAACAAGACAACAUCCCAGAGGUAGAACAUGUUCAAGAAUCUUACUUUAAAAAUGUUUCAAUGUGUCAGUAUUGUGAUCAAGCAUUUAUAUCUCAAGAAAAAUGCAAAGAUCAUGAAGAAAAUUUUCAUGACCCUCAUCGCCCCUAUAAGUGUAUAGAGUGUAGUAUAGUUUUUGCAGAAAGAAACUUGUUUGUUGGUCACACUAAAACUGUUCAUGGAAGUGAUAAGCCAUAUCACUGCCCAGAAUGUGAUAAAUGCUUUGGCCGUCGCUCUGACUUGAGAAAACAUUCAAUUGUCCAUACUGGUAUUAGGCCAUAUCAGUGUCAAUACUGUUUAAAGAGUUUCUCUCGUAAUACAAACUUGAGUAAACACUUGAGAAUUCAUGCAGGUCAUAAACCUCAUGUAUGUCCAAAGUGUCCACGAAGUUUUGUGGCCAAAGGAGAUUUACAGCGACAUAUUUUAAUACACUCUGGAACAAAACCCUAUGCCUGCCAGAACUGUCCAUUAACUUUUGGUAGAAAAGAUAAACUAGUAAAACAUGAACUAAGACAUGCAGGAGUAACAUCAUCUCAUGGGAAUGAAGAAAAUAAUGAUAUGGUGGUCAGUGUGAAUCCAUAUAGCAAUUUGAUGUCUUCCCCAAACGAACAUUUAAAUUCUAAUGACUAUGAGCUUCCUAGAGUUCCUGAUCAUAUUGCUGGUGACGGCAGUUUUUUAAAUCAUUUACAAAAGGCUCCAUCAACAUCUAACAAACAACUACAAAGUUCACCUACUAAACAAAAGUCUCCUAUAAGUAAAAAUAAGCCUAAAAAUAUAAAAUGUCAUCAAUGCCCUAAAAGGUUUUCAUCUCUUGAUGCUUACAAGACUCAUGUAUCUAUUUCACAUAUUGGGUCACGAGUUUUCCAAUGUAAAGUUUGUUUUAAAAAAUUUGCUAGAAAAAGAGAACUAGACCGGCAUGCCUCUGUCCAUUCAACAGGGAAACUUUUUAACUGCAGUCAGUGUGAUAAACAGUUUACAAGAAAGGACAGACUUGACAGGCAUGAGCAAACUCAUGACUGUUUAGUGGUGAAUAUGCCCUGCAUUGAGUGUGGUGCAACAUUUGAAAAGAAACCUGAUUUAGUAGCACAUAUUAAAUCUCAUUUUACUGAUAAUUUUGAUGAUAAAGUAACAGAAACUCGAAUAAAAAAAGAAAAUGAACAAAAUUUUCCAAUGGAAGAAAGUAAUAUGUAUGAUCUAGAGACAUGAGAUUUUUUAAAAACAAAAUAUGUAUUUAUUUUUAUAUUUAACACUACAUUACAGUACCUAAGAUUAACUUUCAUAUAUUAAGACAUAAAUUUUAUGUUUUAAUUCUUAUUUAAUUGAUAAUAAUAUAAUUGUACUUAAUUAUAUAAAAAAAAUAUGUCUCUGUAUUAAUAGCACCCAUUAUCAUCUUAUGAAUAACUUUGUCCACACUGCUAUUAAUUCUAAAAUAUAACCAUUAUUAAUAUUAUAAUAAUGUAUGUCAACUUUAACAUUGAUUAAGUAAAGACAAAUUUAUAAUCACUGUUAGUGAAAAAAUUGACUUUGUUAAACUUUUCAGAUAACUAUUUAUAAUUUUCUUCUGGAAAAAGUAUUAUUUAUUUAUUGUUUACCGAUUAUGAUAUACUCAUUUUUAUUAUCAAUUACAAUAAUCAUCUGGGUAUGUAGGGGGUGUCAAGUGGUUCAUGCUCAUUUCAAGUUUAGGGACAAUUGAAAAAACUAAAUCUAGGAAAAUUUACACAAGCAUAGCCCUCCUAAAUAAUAACACUACAUACACCAAUGAGAAGAA